ACUUCAAUGAGAACUGCUGCUCCGGCCGAUCCAUCCGAUGGUUGCAGAUGCAGUGAGCGAACCUCUGGGCAUCGAAACAUACUGCAUGACUCGGGCUGAGUCGUUGUUGGAAACAAUCGACGUCGUCGACUGAAUCCUGGGGCGCUACGACCGCUACUGUGUCAUCCUGCCAGUGUUGGAUCUCGGCCGGAGACCUUGGGUGCCGUACACUAAAACUUCCGGACCUUUACAGCUCUUAUUUCAAGACCUUCAUUCGGAUUGCUGUAAAAAACUCUUCGAACGAUUCGAACAUGCCUAAAGAGGAGCGGCAGGCCCUUCUCGCUGACAACCAACGUAACCAGAGUUACACAGAUCAGAAUACUUCUGGUAGAAGUUCUGUCAGCGGUCGGCGCUAUGAAGAAAACUUGGCUCAAGUUGAGUUGCCGUCGGCUCUCAUGCAUCAGUCGCCCCCAUACGGGCCGAAAAUUCCGUGCAAGGUCUGUGGAGAAAUUAUCGAUCUCACCGAUCGAAUGGAGUCUCCAGUGGUAAAAUGCUCGAAGUGCAAAGAAAGCACGCCGAUCCGUCAAGCGCCACCCGGUAAGAAAUACAUAAGAUGCACUUGUCGUUGCUUACUGAUCUGCAAAGCUACAGCGCAAAGAGUGUCUUGUCCCAGAGCAGAUUGCGGCCGGGUUCUAUCACUGGCCGCAAUCCACGAUUCGUACGCAGGACUCUCUAUGCCGGGGCUCUGCUCAGUGAGCUGCGGUUAUUGUGGACAAGCCUUCAUGUUCAACACGCAGACGAACGCACUUGCAAGAUGUCCGAAUUGUCGGAAGGUCACGUCUGUAGGCGCUGAAUUUGCGCGGAGUCGCGGCUUGGUAUACUUGAUUCUUUCACUCCUAUCGGCGAUAAUUGGAAUCGCGGUCACCGUGGCGACGUACAGGAACGCGAGCGCAGAAAAGGCCUGGCUCGGGGUGUACAUCGUAUGCUUCCUCCUGUUCAUCGUCCUCUUGCUAAGAGCUAUGUAUUACUGCACGCUUAAAGUCUCCAUUGUGAACGGUCACAGCAGUAACCUGGACGUCCACGUUUAACCCGUCAGACUCUGGAAGAAGAAUAUUUCGGAAUCAUGCGGAGCUAGUUCUAGCCCCAAAUGACCGGAUCCGACAGCGUGCGAUAAAGCAGCUCGUGAUCCGAACGAAUCAGUCUCAAGAACGGAACUCCGGGACGUCGAUGAGGUUUAGAAGGGGAGGGGAUAUCAUGUGCGAGGGAAUGAUUUCCAAUAAUUAUAAUGCUAAUAAUGAUAUCAGCGAAAGUACACUCAUUAGCUUCUCUCCCCACUGUUCAGAAAGAAAAAACAGAAUCGCGUAUGAACGGGAACAUAAAUCAGUGGAAAGUAAUCACGCCUAUAUGUAUCAUAGCUGCCUUUAUGAUCCCUGUUAACCUCACAGUUGUGAUCCAGAAGUUGUCGGAUCGAGUCAGUUUUAUUCUCUCCUGAAAUCGCUCAGUUUUGCUUACCGAAAAAAUACUUUAUAGGGAAGUGACCCCACCAUCUCCCUUUGAUGAUUCGAUCCCUAGGGCCGAUCGCUGUUAAGUGUAUAUAUCGAGUUCGGAGACAGUGGAAGAUCAUCAGCAGCGCCGUCAGUGACAGUAUAAGAUCGCAACUGAAUAAAAAAAUGAAUAC